CUUAUUUUCGUAACCUAUCAGUAUCGUUUUGUCUGUCGAAAAAUAUACAUUGCUACUGCAUCGGAAAAAAAAUCGAAAAUAUGAAACUGAUUUUCAUAUUAUUGACACUCUACGUGUCACUGUCUUGGGCAGACCGAUCUGGUCUACCAAAUCUAGGAAUAGCCCGAAGCCUACAUUUGACCGAUUUGGGAACUUCUCAAAGCUUUCUACCAGAAUCCCUAGCGAACGCCAAAAAUGUUCACGUCAAAGUGACAACAAACAAACACUCUUCCCAGUCGGUACCUCAACCGUUCUCAAACAAACGGAAUAUACCUUUAAGUUCCGAUAACGGUAUCUCAUUGGAUUCCUUUAAUUUCUUCGAUAGAAGCUUGCACGAAGCUGAACCUCAUAUUGCUCCAUUUCCUAUUAUUCCAUUCAAUACAUCAGUUAAAAAGUCGCAACAUUCUUUUCAAAAUAAAUUUUCUAGUUCGAAUGGAGGAUCGAAUCAGAUAUUUCCUUCCAGUGCAGUACCUCAACCUUUUAAUAUUCACGGUAAUGUUAAUGUUCCUGAUGAUUCCAACCAACAAACAUUCGAUGGACAUAUAGGUUUCUCACAACAAGACACACAUUCUACCUAUCAACCUUUCGAUGGAUAUACCGAAACAAACACCCCAAUUUAUCCAGAUACUACUAUUUAUGAUCAAGGAGUGACUAGACCAGACCAUCAUAUUUUCACUCAGCCAGAUUAUCAACAACAUUCUGGCAAUAUACCUCCUUUUUUGCAUACUCCUCAAGCUCCAUUAGAAGAAAACAGAAAUCACCAAGGUUCAGUAGAUAAUUAUGUUCAAACUGAAGAUAGAGAAAGGUUAGAAGAAAUCUUGGAAAGAGAUUGGUCGGAUUUCACUACCAGAUUCAACAAAGUAUACAACACCGUGGAAGAGCAACGGUUCCGAAGAGAAGUAUUUGUAGAAAAUAGAGCUAAAAUCAUGAGACUCAACAUGGAAUACGCCGAAGGACGAAGAAAUUUCGUCCACAAGAUCAAUCCUUAUGCCGAUAUGCUUCUCCAUGAGUUUAACGAUCAACAUUGCGGUUUCAAUCGUAGUAGAAGUAUACCUAGAACACCGAUCAAGCAAGCUUCUGCUUUUCUACCUAGUGCUAACGUUGUUUUUCCUUCAAGUGUCGAUUGGAGGGAGGUUGGAGCUGUGGGGCCUGUCAAAGCGCAGGGAAAGUGCGCUGCUUGUUGGGCUUUUGCUGCGGCCGGAGCUUUGGAGGGUCAUCAGUUCAGAAAAACUGGCAACCUCGUGGAUAUUAGCGUCCAAAAUCUAAUCGACUGUACCGAACCGUAUGGGAAUAAUGGAUGUACAGGAGGACUUAUGGAUCCAGCUUUCGAAUACGUUAGAGACAACAAUGGCGUGGAUUCCGAACAAUCAUAUCCUUUCGAGGAAAGGACCGCUGAAUGCCGGUUUAGAAGAGAGGAUGUAGUGGCUACUUGUACCGGUUUUGUCGAUAUAGACGAAAACGAUGAAAAGGGUUUGGAGAUUGCUCUGGCCACCUUGGGUCCAGUAACAGCUGCCAUCGAUGCUGCCCGAGAAACAUUCCAGUUCUACUCCGAAGGGAUCUACGACGAUCCAGAAUGCGGUAACAAGCCCGAACAGAUGAAUCACGCAGUACUGAUCGUCGGGUAUGGUACCGAUCCAGAUGGCAAGAAGUAUUGGUUGGUGAAGAACUCUUACGGACCUCAAUGGGGAAUUGGAGGUUAUAUUAAAAUAGCUAAGGAUAAUAACAACCAAUGUGGUAUUGCUAUUCAAGCCAGUUAUCCUUUAGUUUAAUAAUUUUACACAAAAUUUUCUGUUAUCAACUAGUCCAAAAUAGAUCGUUAUACAAAUAGGCAGAGCAAUUUUAUUGUUAUGGAAAGAAGUUAAUAAUUCUUUGUUAUCUGUUAUCUAUUAGGAUAAAUAUUGUAUUUUACGUUUUUAAUUUUUAAUUGAAAGCCAUUACUCGAAUAUUAAUUACAAAUAACUAUUAGAAUAAGUUGAAAAGACCUCGAGAC